AAACACUUGACAUAUUGCGUAGUUGACGAUAAACAUUGCGAAGGUUCUAAAUAAAUCGUGUUUCUGAUACCUAAUCGUGUGAUAUGCUGAGCUGAACAUUUCUAAUCGCGCAUGAUAAGUGUUUUACCUUUGAUCUCAUCGCCCGCACGCGUUCGAGUAGCAACAAAAUGUCGUCAGCCUUAUGCGAAAUACAAAAUCUGUAUGAACGAUAUGUAAAAUGGGUAUCAGGCAAUCCAUCCGCCUUGGCGGACGUUGAACUGACGGUCAAGUGGCUUUCAUAUUUUGUGGCCGGGAAAAUCAACAAUUCUUCCGCCGUUUCCGAGCUGGUGUACAGUCUAUCGAACUUGUUGGUGUUUUUCAAUGAUAGGAUCAUAGAGAAAGCGGCACACAAAUCAAACAACGCCACAUCCAAUAGUUCUCUGGAACGGCAGAUGAAGGUACUGCUAACAACGCUAGAGUAUUGUGAAGUUUUUAUCGAACUUACUGCCCACAAAGUCUGGGGAACUAGCGGUCGAUGGUUUUUCAUUGUAAUUAUACAAAUCAUAAAAUGUAUAGGCCGGCUUAUCCUAACGCUGUAUUGCCAAAGUACCAAAAUUGUGCGCACCCCACCAAUACCUGCGCUGAAUCGCAAAAAAUUGCACGAAGCACAGCCGCCCGAGAAUGAUUCAUUCCGUGACAAUCUUGCGGGUGAAAGCUCCGGAAUAGUACUGAAGCGUUCAGGACGCGUCAUGCGAAAGGUUAAUUGUUCACCAUCGCUAACGUCGAGAACAUGGAAACCACCACUAGCAGCAGCGGGAAAUCAACCACAUCCGCCGCUUGAAUACGGUGGAAAAUUGCUCAUGUCCGCAGAAAUGCUCUACAUUGCCAAACCGCUUAUUCAUCUAGCUUGUAUGAAGAGGUUUGGAACGAAAAGCUGGACCAGUUACUUGUUGGCACUAGCACUGGACAGUGUCAGUCUCCGUAUGUACUACAAAAAUCGGGAAGUGUUAUCCAAGGAGCAACGUGUAGAACUGUCGCAAAGAUGUGUAUCGAUGCUGCUGUACCUGAUGCGAUCACCGUUCUACGAUCGAUACACGCACGACAAGAUAGCAAACGUGCUGCAUGGCAUCGGAAACAACAUACCGCUGACGGGUACGAUUUCGCGGCUUAUUCUUUCGUACAUUCCACACUGGCAGGAAACGUACUUUUACAUGUGGUCAACUUAAAUUGGUGCAUGCUACGUACAUAUAGGUCUAACGCAAUGGUUGAUAAAUAAUGGGUCGUUAUGGGUUUUGCAGUGAGGGGAUAAUUCAUCACAAAACAUAUUGAAUAAAUGUUUUCUACCAAUUGAA